GUCGCGAUCAACACCGAACAUCAUCAGUCUUGCUUUGGUCGAUCCAAACCAACCAAAUCCACUCAAGAAUGGCAUUCAAGUUCGUCGUAUUUGCUGCCUUUGUGGCCGUCGCCAACGCCGGUGUUCUUGCGCCCGCCGCCCCCUUGGCUUAUGCCGCGGGACCCGCAAUCGUCGCCGCCGCUCCCGUUGCCAAGGCAGUGGUGGCUAAGGCUAUCGACGCCGACUUCGACCCGCAUCCGCAAUACAGCUACGCCUAUGACGUGCACGACAGCCUGACCGGAGAUGCCAAGAGCCAACACGAGACCCGUGACGGCGAUCUCGUCCAGGGUAGCUACUCCCUCUUGGAAGCCGAUGGCACCAGGCGCACUGUUGACUACACCGCUGACUCGGUCAACGGAUUCAACGCCGUAGUCCGCAAGGAACCCGCCGCCGUUGCCGUCAAGGCCGUCGCCCCAGUUGCCGCCCCCAUCGCACAUGUCGCGCACGCCGCACCCCUCGCCUACGCUGCCCCAGUCGCCAAGUUCGCCGCUCCCAUCGCCAAGCUGGCCACGCCGGUAGCUGCCGCUCCCCUCACCUAUACCGCCCCCGUAGCUAAAAUCGCUGCCCCUGCCGUAGCCCACUUCGCGCACGCUGCACCCCUUGCGUACGCCGCGCACGCCUCCCCCCUUGCGUACGCCGCACACGCCUCCCCCCUUGCAUAUACCGCACACGCCUCCCCCCUUGCAUAUACCGCACACGCCUCUCCUCUUGCGUAUGCCGCGCACGCCUCUCCUCUUGCGUAUGCCGCGCACGCCGCCCCUCUAGCAGCUCCUCUUGCUAAAUUUGCUGCUUCACCUGCCAUCUCCUAUGCCGCUCCGGCUGCAUCUGCCAUCUCUUAUGCCGCCCCAGCUGCCUACAUCCACUAAUUCGUGUUGACCACGCCAAUCUACAUUGUCGACUCAGGCCGAACUUAUUUAUUUUUAUAUCAUGUACAUGUUCUUUUUAUGUGACUGAUUAAAGAAAUUAC